UUCUGGACUUUGCAAACUGACAUAUAAAAGCUGUUAGCUGCUUCUGUAGCCAGCAGCAUUCAAACCUUGCAGGCUUUUGCUCUCUGAGAGCUUGUAAUAAGACACACUCCUCUUACAAGAGUUCAUGCUACAGCUUAACAAAGAAACUUACAUUGUUGGAAGAACAGUGUAUUCAUUUUGGCAUUGUGCAGAGCAAAGCAAACCCGGUGGACUCUUUUCCACCCCUCAAAAUGAUAGCAGCCAGCCUUGCGAUCCUUUUGUCCCUUUUCUGUGAAGCAAGUACCGUCGUCGUCUUACUCAAUUCCACUGACUCAUCUCCGCCAACCAAUAAUUUCACUGAUACUGAAGCAGCCCUCCGCGCACCACUACAGUCUGCGGAGAUCCCUAAAGCCAGGCGGAAGCGCUACAUUUCGCAGAAUGACAUGAUCGCCAUUCUUGAUUACCAUAAUCAAGUUCGGGGCAAAGUGUUCCCACCAGCAGCAAACAUGGAAUACAUGGUCUGGGAUGAAAAUCUUGCAAAAUCUGCUGAGGCAUGGGCAGCCACUUGCAUUUGGGAUCAUGGACCUUCUUAUUUGCUGAGAUUUUUGGGUCAAAAUCUAUCUGUACGAACUGGAAGAUAUCGCUCUAUUCUCCAGCUGGUCAAGCCAUGGUAUGACGAAGUGAAAGAUUACGCCUUUCCUUACCCCCAGGACUGCAACCCUCGCUGUCCUAUGCGAUGCUUUGGUCCCAUGUGCACUCAUUACACACAGAUGGUUUGGGCCACUUCUAAUCGAAUAGGAUGUGCGAUUCACACUUGCCAAAACAUGAACGUCUGGGGAUCUGUAUGGCGACGUGCAGUGUACUUGGUCUGCAACUAUGCUCCAAAGGGUAACUGGAUUGGAGAAGCACCCUACAAAGUAGGAGUGCCGUGCUCAUCGUGUCCUCCGAGCUAUGGGGGAGCCUGUACUGACAAUCUGUGCUUUCCAGGAGUGACGUCAAACUACCUGUACUGGUUUAAAUAAGCUUAUCCUUUUUCCUCUGGGAGAUACAUCAGUUUUUGGACUCAUAAGCAUAUAUAUAUAUUGAAGUUUGAACAUAUUAUACAUAUUUUAUUAUAAUCCUGUUCUCAUUUUAAUGGUCAGUUGUCUGGUCUUUGUCUAGGGUGUUAAGUCUUAGAUACAAGCAAAACAUCAAUUCUACUUUUCUGACCUUAAAUUUAAGUUAAAAUAUUGUAUAUGUAGCAAUGACGUAGUUGUUUCAUCCAAUUCCGAAACCUGCAUUCCAGGGAAAUUAUGUUAUUAUGUCCCUAAGGAAUGAAAUGUAUGUUCAAGCUGUAAUAUGUGUGUAUUCAUAUGUAUACAUAUGUAUAUGUAUGCACACACAUAUGAUGUGUGAUGUGACACAUAGACAAUACUAUGUGAUAGUUAAUAAGGAAAAUGAAAAAUAUAUUUGGGUUUAUGGGACUCUUUCAGGAUCAUUUCUACAAUACCCAAGAAAGGAUAAUUUGCAACUCAGUAAUAUUUGGAAAUAAUUUAAUUAAGCAAGCGUAGAAUUCGUUCUGGAGAUACUUUAUUUUAUUUGGGUCUACAAAAUAUAUUCUGAAUUUAUGGAAGUUUCCAUAACACACCUUUUGCUUAGUUUCAUUUUUUUUAAUGUGUCAAUCUGUUGAGUAGUUACUUUGACUAAUUCACUUUGCUGGUUAUGUUCUGAUAAUGCAAAGAUGAUUACAUGUGAUUCCUGCCUUUGAGAAGCUGUCAGAGAGGUCCACAAAACAGCAGAGCCUAGUAAUUGGGUUAUAAAUUAUUUGUAGCUAAUCAUUUUUCAUAUAUCUUGAGGAACAGACAUAGUAACCACUUACAGGUGGAAUGGACAGUAACUGCUGCUGUCUCACAUGUAAAGUAUCUGUUUCCCAGGAAACUCCAAUAUUUAAAUGAGAUAUGGAAGGUCUCAUAGUUAUAGUGCUGUGAAUAGACACCAUGGCCAAGGAAGUUUACAAAAAGAUAGCAUUUAACUGGGGUCUUGCUUACAGUUUCAGGGGUUAGUCCAUGAUCGUCAUGGUGGGGAGAUGGAGGCAGGCAGGCAGGAGGCAUGGCACUGGAGCAGGAGCUGAGAGUUUAUACCCUGAUCUGCUGGCAGGAGGCAGGGAUAGUGAGACUGGGCCAGACCUGGGUUUUUGAAAUAUCAAAGUCAACCCACAGUGACACACUUCCUCCAAUAAGGUAACACCCUCUCCAACAUGGCCACACCUCCUAAUCCUUCCCAAACAGUCCACCAAGCAAGACCCUGUACUCAAAUAUAUGAAUCUAUGGGAGCCAUUAUCAUUCAAAUCACCAAACCACGUAAGAAUCAACAACUUUUCAGAGAUUUCUGAAGAAGAACAGGCUAGGCUGAAAACAAGAUCCUCAGAAUACUGACAAGGUCCAAGAGAAGUAAGAGGUAUGAAUAAUCACAGAAUUAGCAUGUUGAUACAAAAAGACCAGGAGAAGGCUACAGAAGAGUUUAACACAUCUUGGGACCCAUUAACAAAAGUUGAAGGGUUUUAUAAAGACAUGUGUAGGAUGAGGGCACAUUCAUCUCAUUGUUUUCUCUGCUAUUAAUUGAAGAAGGUCAAUCUACCUAUUAUAUUGAACUUUUGAAUAUCAUAGUCAAGAUCCUCCAUAAAUACCACAUGUAGUCAAUUUUCUUAAUAUAGUCCUCCCUCGAUGGAUGUUUUUCAAAGAACAAAUUAUGAAACUUUAUUUUUAUAGAAGAGUGAUUUUCAGUUCCUCAUUAACUUUGUUUAUGAAAAUCAAGUAAAUCAUUACAAAAACUUCUCUCAUGAGAUUAGGAAAUACAUGUCUUAAUUUACAAAAUCAUUUUCAGAGAGGACAAUACAAUAUCUGGGCCAAGACAUGGAGCAAAUUAUAUUUCAAAUGUGUGUGUGUUUGUGCGCACACACAUGAGCAUAAGUAUAGACUUAUAGAGCAAGUAAACAUGGUCAUUUUAGAGAGCAAAGAAGAGAAGAAAGCUACUUUUUAAAAUUCCAUACACAGCUGCAAUUUCUUAGGUGGAUGCAUUGAAAGAUGGCAGAUAGUUAAUUAGAUCCAUUCAAUGGGAGAAGAAUCCACCAUCUGGAUCCUGGGCCUACUUGUUGGCAAAAAAAUAGUCUAAUUACUUUUAAACACUGACAAUUGGAACAAAAUGUUUUGUUAUUAAGUGACCCUGCCUUGUGGAAACAUAUAUGGGCCUUAUUUAAAUAAGUAUUUCAGAAAUACAAUAGAGAACAGAAGUUUAUAUAAUAUAGAGUUGAUCCAAUUUUCUUUUCUUUCUUUAAUUUUAUUUCCCUUGAGGAUGUCUCACAUAUCCCAGGUUGACCUUAGACUCACUAUGUCAUCAAGAAUGACCUGAAUCCCAAUCCUCUUGCCUCUAACUCUCAAAUACUGGAUUUUCAGUGUGUGUCACCUGGCCAUUGGAAGGAAUUUCGUUUUGAUGAUACCAGCUUGACUCACCCGAGAAUGUUUUCAUCCUUAAUAUUACUGAAGUAAAAAACGAUAUAAACAGAA